GUCUUUCAGAGGAAUCAGUCAUGGGGCUGCUGCUGCCGAUUCUUCUUGCCUUUCUUGCUGCUCUGCUGGGAGGGCUGUACCUUCUCGGGGUUUUUCGACAACAGAGAACAGGAGAACCCCCUUUGGAUAAGGGGCUCAUACCUUGGCUGGGUCAUGUCUUAGAGUUUCGCAGGAACACAUUAAAUUUCCUGGAGAGGAUGAAGCAAAAGCAUGGCGAUGUGUUCACAGUGCAGCUGGGAGGGUGUUAUAUUACAUUCCUUCAGGACCCGCUUUCGUUUGGAUCAAUUGUUAAGGAGAGUCGAGAAAAGCUGGACUUCAGUAAGUUUGCUAUUCAGUUGGUUUACAGAGUGUUUGGUUACGAAGCUGUGGAGGACGGACACACAAUUCUCCAGAUGGCCAGCAACAAGCACCUCAAGGGGGAUGGUCUGGAAGUAAUGACACAAGCCAUGAUGAGUAAUUUGCAGAACCUAAUGUUGCACAACAUAGGCACAUCUGCAGACCAAAGAACCUGGAUGGAUGAUGGGUUGUUUAAUUACAGCUACAAUACUGUCUUCAGGGCCGGCUACUUAUCUCUAUUUGGUAAUGAGCCAAACAACACAGAGGGAAAUGACACAAAAGCCAAAGAGAAAGACCGAGUUGAUUCACAAGCCUUAUUUUACGAGUUUCGUAAAUAUGACCAACUCUUUCCCAACCUGGCCUACGGGAUCCUGCUGCCAAGGCAAAGGUUGGAAGUAGAGAGGCUAAUGGGAAUUUUCUUGGACAGUGUAUCAGUGCAGAAGAUAAAGUCAAGGGACAAUGUUAGUCGGUGGUUGUGGGACAUUCAGCAGUCCACAGAGGAGAAGGGUGUAAAGGAGUCAAUGAUAAGCAGAUACAUGUUUGUGCUUCUUUGGGCCUCUCAGGGCAACACAGGGCCUUCUGCAUUCUGGCUGCUCCUUUUCCUCAUGAAACACCCAGAAGCCAUGGCAGCAGUGAAGGAAGAAGUAGAUAAAGUUCUAAAGGAAUUUGAGCAAGAAGUCCAACGUGGUGGCCCUUUAAUAAACCUGACCCGUGAAAUGCUGAUGAAAACACCAGUCCUGGACAGUGCUGUAGAAGAGACCCUCCGGCUCACUACUGCACCUGUCCUCACUAGAGCAGUGAUUCAGGAUAUGACACUCAAGAUGGCUGAUGGACGUGAAUACUUCAUACGAAAGGGGGACAGAAUGGCAACCUUUCCUUACAGUGCCGUUCACAUUGACCCAGAGAUCCACCCUGAUCCACAUGCAUUCAAAUAUGACCGCUUUCUCAAUCCAGACGGGACCAAGAAAACAGAUUUCUACAAAGCAGGGAAGAAGGUGAAGUACUACAACAUGCCCUGGGGUGCUGGGGUCUCCAUGUGUCCUGGGCGUUUCUUUGCUACCAAUGAGCUGAAACAGUUUGUUUUCCUCAUGUUGGUUUAUUUUGAGUUUGAUCUGAAGAAUCCCGAUGAGAAGAUACCUGAAAUCGACUUCAGGCGAUGGGGCUUUGGAUCAAUGCAACCCGACAGAGAUGUUCAGUUUCGAUACAGACUCAGAAAUUAAAUGAAUCAAUGGUUAAUAUCUUUCUGAUUAAAUGUUACCUGACAUCACUGUUUAUUUUUUUUGACAAUUAUAGGAAAAUUGUGAUUCUAGUAUUAAGUGCAAUUUGUGUUUUCAUACCAAUAAUGUGAUAAUCACAUUUUGAAUAUCAUUACAUGUCCAUACAGGGAUGAGAAGUAAAAAAGAAAGGGCCGGUGUUAUCUAGCUUCUGUGUUAUGUAGGUCAUGCACUCGAUUGGAACGUCAUUCGGCUUGUUCCAAUAGAAGGUCAAGGUUGGGUUUUAUUCUGAAAGGUUCCAACCUCAAGUUAGACAUUUAUUUCAACUAAAUAUCAACACUUCACAUAUAAUGAUUGAUGAUUAAUGUGACUGACGUAGAUUCAAUAACAUUUUCCUUGACACUGAACACUUGAACUGGGAACUCUUUAUUGUUUUACAUUACUCUAAAGACAUUGUAAUGUCUUUACAAAAUCUGAAAUGUGGUUUCAUAUCUUACAUUUAUCUUCCUAAUUACAAACUAAAUGAAUUUAGCAAUACAAUUCUUAAAACAUUAUACUGUUUUUACAAGUUGGUGGUGGAGGAAGUGGAUUAUGGUGUUGAUUGCUGAACCACAGAAAUAAUAUAAUGUUCUAAACUGUAUAAUAUACCAUGUUAUGCCAUUCAGUAAUAAUAAUGGGAAUAGAUAUAUUGCUGUGUUGCCAAAUUUUAUUACAUACAUAUUGUGCUGUUGUAAUACAAAACGAUGAUUAAAAUACUCGAGUUGGGAAAAAAUGACAACAUUACUUAUUAUAAUAAAUGCUUUCGUUUUAUAAGGGGA